CAUCGCACGCUCGCACACUCGCGCGCCAUCCUCUUGCAGGCGGUCACUCGCGUAUCAGUUAAAGCGGUAACGCGAGUACGCUUUGGCUGAUAACGAGCUGCUAGGAAACGGUAGGAAGCCAGGGGCGCUUGACAGUUUCAUAUCUCGUCCACUCUAUCCCUUCCCCUCCCCUUUCUUUUUUUUUUGUUUUCAUAUUUUUAAGCUUGCAAUUGAUGCUUAACAAUUAGCGCCUUUGAGCACCAUUGAGGAUGUCGGUGGCCGGAUUGAGGAAACAAUUUCAUAAAGCGACUCAGCUGUUGAGUGAAAAGAUUAGCGGAGCAGAAGGGACCAAAUUAGAUGAAGACUUCAUUGAAAUGGAAAGGAAAAUAGAUGUCACCAACAAAUUAAUUAUUGACUUAAUAUGCAAAACAACUGAAUAUCUCCAGCCAAAUCCAGCAUAUAGAGCAAAGCUUGGUAUGUUGAAUACAAUGUCUAAAAUUAGAGGACAGGUCAGAACAACAGGUUACCCACAAACAGAAGGUCUUCUUGGUGAAAGCAUGCUAAAAUAUGGAAGAGAACUUGGCGAGGAAUCCAGUUUUGGAUGUGCUUUGACUGAUGUUGGCGAAAGUAUGAAACAACUAGCAGAAGUGAAAGAUUCUCUUGAUAUUGACGUUAAACAGAACUUCAUUGACCCUCUACAAACACUGCAGGAUAAAGACCUAAAAGAGAUUGGGCAUCACUUAAAAAAACUUGAAGGUCGUCGGUUAGAUUAUGACUACAAGAAAAGACGGCAAGGGAAAAUUCCUGAUGAAGAAAUCAAGCAAGCUGUAGAAAAGUUUGAAGAGUCCAAGGAACUGGCUGAGAGAAGUAUGUUCAGUUUCCUUGAAAAUGAUGUGGAACAAGUGAGUCAGCUGGCCACUUUGAUUCAGGCAACACUUGACUAUCAUAAACAGUCUUUAGAGAUUCUGGAAAACCUUAACAACAGAUUAGAAAGCCGAAUAUCAUCAACUAGUAACUGCGCUAGAAAAGAAUAUAAGCCAAAGUCAACCAGGUCAAGCUUGGAGAAUCUUGAUAAUCAACAAUCCAAUGGCAUACCAAUCACCUCUUCACAAAGCUCCUCAGAUGACAAGAUUAACCACACAGUUAAUGGAAAAAGAUCUUCAUUUCACAUGGAUCAGCCAUGCUGUAGAUCACUUUAUGACUUUGAGCCUGAAAAUUCAGGAGAGCUGGGAUUCAAGGAAGGGGACAUCAUCAUCUUAACCAACCAGAUAGACGACAACUGGUAUGAGGGCAUGAUUAACGGGGAGUCUGGCUUCUUCCCCAUCAGUUACGUGGAAGUGAUUGUGCCUUUGCCACAGCAGUAAAUUCCACCAUUUUAGGGUUGACUAUUACAAGUACUGUGGACACGGGAAACACGUACAGUAGCUCUAAAUAAUUUACACAGACAUUACAUCAAUGUCUCUUUUCUGUGAAGCCUUGCAUUUUUGACUUAAAAUAUUUUGUAUUUUAUUUUUCAUAUUUAUUUUGUAUUCAUUUUACUUGUAUUAAAAGUGAUUACUUUUGUUAGCAACACAUUUGUGCCAUUUGAAUGCCUUAGAAUGUUCAAAAAAAAGUACAAUUUGUAAUUGGUUAUCAUUAGUUUGGGUGCUUUGUUUUUCUGGUUUAUUUAAUGUUUUGCCUCCCUCCUUUUUCCUCUCUGUAAUGGCCUUUAGUGUUUCAAAAACACAGGUUUAAGCUGUGAGUAUUAACUAACUGUAAAUCUCGUAUUAAUUGUCCUGCAUUGUACUGUUUCUGUUUACACAGUGGAACUUGUUUGCAGGAAAACGGAAAAAAAAA